GCUCCCCCCCCCCUCUCUCCGCGUGCUCUCCCUUCUCUCUCCGCGUGCUCUGCAUUCUCUCCGCGUGCUCACUAUUCUCUCUGCGUGCUCUCUCCUCUCUGCUUGCUUCUCUCUGUGCGCUCUCCCUUCUUUCCGCGCGCCCUCCCUUCUCUCUCUGUGUGUGCGCGCCCUGUGGGCUCCACUCUCUGGCUGUCCUAUCUACUGUGGCCUCUGCUCCCCGUGUGCUCUCUCCUGCGACGACUCUCUUCUCCCUCUGCGCUGUGCCCUCUCAUCUCUCCCCGUGUGCGCUUGCCGUGUCCUCUCUGUGCCGGCUCCGGCCUCUUGCCGCCUGUCACUCACAGGAUCCCCGGACCGUGGCUGUGAUUGAGCCACUGUUUGACGCCGCUCCCCUGCCCCCUACCCUUUACUCGGCCUUGCCCUUCGUCUCCCCUUGCCCUGCCCUUCCACCCUGCUCGUGCCCGACUACAACCGUGAGUCCUUCAAGGGCAGCGACUGGAAGCUCCCGUGUUGACUUUUCACCGACGGCGGCCCGGUGUGGGGUGGGGGGCAGGCACGGAGAGAUCUCGCAGACUCACCAUGAAGAGGCGCUAUGAUCGACUCCAUCGUUAAGAGGAGCCGCCGCCAUCGUCGUCUUCCACAUCUUCACUGUCAAGAGGAGCUGCACGAGUUCCGUGCGAAAUGACGUGGCCUCGCUCCCCUCUCUUCCUCCUCCUCAUCUCGUCCAUCUCCCUGCUCCUCGCCGAAACCUCGUCUGACCCGUCUCGUCCUCGAAACAGAGACUCGGGGAGCAGAGACAAAGACUCGGACGUCAGGUCGCUGAUGGGCGGCUCGGAGAUGAGUUAUAAAGACGAGGAGAUCAGACCAGACAUCAGAGACGCAGACUCAGAAGCCGCGGACAGACACUCGGAGAUCAGACACAGAGACUCGGAUAUCAGAGACGCGGACUCGGAUAUCAGAUUAGAGAUCAGAGAUCAAGAAUCGCGGAUCAGACACAGAGACCCGGAUAUCAGAUCAGAGAUCAGGGAUAAAGACUCACGGAUCAGACACAGGGACUCGAGGAGCAGAGGCAUUGAUGAAGACAUCACCAGCAGCGGCCGGACCUUCUUCCCGCAGGGAGCAAUUCCUCCACCGGGGAAGGGCCGCUCCAACAUCUCAUCAUCCCACGGCCACGUGGCACGACACCACCACCACCACCAACAACAACAACAACAGAUGCUGGCACACGGGCUUCCAGGAGGACCUUCGGUCCACGACCGAGACGCUGAGCGCCAGGUGCUGGCCUCCAGCCACGAGGCGCUGUUCGUGACGGAGCGGCGCUACCUGCGCCGAGAUUGGUGCAAGUCGCAGCCGCUGCGGCAGACGGUCCGCGAGCGCGGCUGCGUGCCUCGCACGGUCAUCAACCGCUUCUGCUACGGGCAGUGCAACUCGUUCUAUAUCCCGCGCAGGGCCACGGCUGACGACGACGAUGAGGGCGGUGAGGGCGGUGAGGGUGAAGGUGAUGAUCGUGGUGGUGGUGAUGAAGGUGGUGAUGAUGACGAGGUGCUGGGAGCUCCGAGCGACAGUAAAGACUUGCACGGAGGAGGAGGAGGUGGUGGUGAUGACGAAGGAAUCGCAGAAGCGGCAGCUGCAGCAGGAGCAGGAGGAGCCCAAGGAAGGACAGCAAGAAAAUCAUCAUCAUCAGCAGCAACAGCAGGAACAUCAACAUCAGCAGGGUCCAGAGUAAGGUCGUCAUCAGCAGCAGGAGGAAAAGGAGCAGCAGCAGCAGCAGCAAGGGGGAGAUCUUCCUCCUCCUCAUCAUCAUCAUCGGGGGGUGCAGGAGGGCGAGGCAGAGCGGGCUCGGCCCGGCGCGGCGCAGCCUCGUUCCGCGCGUGCGCCGCGUGCCGCCCGCAGCGCUUCUCGUCGCUCACCGUGGAGCUCAGCUGCCCGGGCCUGGAGCCGCCCGUGCGCCGCGUGCGGCUCAGCAGAGUGAAGCACUGCCGCUGCGUGUCCGUGCGCGUGCACGACUGAGCGCGCGACACCCACCCCGUUCACCGCACCCCCCCCCCCCCACGUGUGUCCGUGCGCGUGCACGACUGAGCGCGCGACACCCCACCCCAUCCACCGCUCCCCCCCCCCCCCACGUGUGUCCGUGCGCGUGCACGACUGAGCGCGCGACACCCCACCCCAUCCACCGCUCCCCCCCACGUGUGUCCGUGCGCGUGCACGACUGAGCGCGCGACACCCCGCCCCCACCCCCGUGUGUCCGUGCACGUGGCAACCCCCCCCCCCCAAUUCUGCCCCCCCCCGCAAACCCUCCUCCCAUGCCCCUCACGAGCACACGCGUGCGCGACUCGAGAACAACUCAACGCCACCACUGUGCGCCUCACGGUAGACAUCGGACGGUGAGGAUGGGGAGCUGAACUUGGUGGUGGUGGUGGUGGUCGUCGUGAAGUUGGCAUCCGGAGGUCGACGUUGGACAUCAGAAGGUGGGCAAUCAGUAAGAUGUGGAGCUUGGCUUGGUGGUGCUGGAGGUGGUGAUGAGCCUGCAAGACCGAACCGUGGAGGUCAGGUGUUCACGUUGGAACAGCUGCGGGGGGAGCAGGCAGAAGGAAGGAAGCGAUGGCGCUGCGUGGCGCCAUCAACGGCGUUGGCCGCUGUGGUGCCACAAUAUGAACGACCAUUAACUCAUCGUCCCUGUGGGGCCGAUAAAUUACGGGAGCGUCACUUUGCGGAAAUUCAACAUGAGUGGUAUACUAUGCACAGACUGACCCCCGGCACGGGAACGUGGAAUUCCCACCACUGACUCAAGACGGCCAAUCGAGCUGAGCCGCCGCCCGCAUUGCUCGUACGAUCAGAGACGCUCUUCCACCCUUGACUUUCAGUCACGGAAACACCCAACGACAUCGACACCAUCUCACUCCUACACCGGACUCGAACCCGGGUCGCUUGGUCAAACAUCGGUCGACCGGGGCGGUCGCUCUGCCCGCGAUGGAACUCGGAUCAGUCUUGGUUCCAUAAUGGCCAACAGCGGGUCGCAAUGGCCGACUUUGGGGGGGGGGGCAAGAGCGUAGGGGGCUCGGUGCUGCACGUGGUGCGCGUGUUUUUGGCUACUGUAAAGGUAAAGGCGCGGCCCUGCAAUGACGUGCUUAUAACGCACGCUGCGUCAGGUGGGCCAGAUAAUAGCCAGAUCGCGGCGGGGGCCCCUGGCCCCCCCCCCCCAGGAUUUGAAUGAUUUCCCAUGUCCAUUUCUCCCCACCCCCACCACCUCUGUGGCCCGGCUUCUGGGCCACUCCCGCCUCUGGGCCUCGGUGCAGUUGCACUGCCUGCGCACUCAAUGACUACGGGGUCUCCAUGUGAGUCUCGGGUCACAUGCUAGCCUACGGGUCUCAAUUCUAACCUAUGGGUUUCAAUGUGAAUCUGAGGGUAUCAAUGUCAGUCUGGGUCUCCAUGCUAACCUGUGGGUUUCCAUGUGAAUCUGAGGGUAUCAAUGUCAGUCUGGGUCUCCAUGCUAACCUGUGGGUUUCCAUGUGAAUCUGAGGGUAUCAAUGUCAGUCUGGGUCUCCAUGCUAACCUGUGGGUUUCCAUGUGAAUCUGAGGGUAUCAAUGUCAGUCUGGGUCUCCAUGCUAACCUGUGGGUUUCCAUGUGAAUCUGAGGGUAUCAAUGUCAGUCUGGGUCUCCAUGCUAACCUGUGGGUUUCCAUGUGAAUCUGAGGGUA